AUGUUGAGAGUCUGCACAGGCGACAACUCUAUUUCCCAUGCCGCCGCCGUCAUCGGUAUCGCUAUCAUUGCCCUUGGAGACCCAAUCGGAACCCAAAUGUCCAAGAGAAUGUUCGAACUCAUAUUACAGUACGGCAAACCAAAUGCUAGGAAGAUGGUUCCAAUCGCCAUCGCUCUAACUUCCAUUUCUCAGCCACUUCCAGAGUUGGUCGACCAAUUACACAGAAUUGGCCACGAUCCAGACGUCAACGUCGCAAGAGCAGCAUGCGUUGCACUCGGUCUGAUCGGUGCCGGCACAAACAACACGAGAGUUAUCAACACAUUAUUCGCAUUAGAGCUUUACCACAAGAAUGACACAUCAGUUCUCACAUUACUUAGAAACUCAGUCGGUCUUACUCAUUUGGGACAAGGUCUGAUGACUUUGUCUCCUACAUACGGUGACGGAUUACUUAUUCACCAGGUUGCACUGGCUUCUUUACUCGCUGUUGCUUACUCAUGCAUGAACUCUGAGGAAUUGCUUAUUAAGAAGGAUCCUCUCCUCUUGUUCUUCAUUGUUCCUGCAAUUGGACCGAGAUUCUUAGUUACACUCGACGAGAACUUGGAGAUCCUCCCUCUGCAGGUCAGAGUUGGUCAGGCAGUUGACGUUGUUGGACAGGCAGGAAAACCAAGAAAGAUCACUGGUUUCCAGACACUCGAUACCCCUGUCGUUCUCGAGGCAGGAAAGAGAGCUGAGUUUGUUGAUGAUACAUACGAACCUUUGUCGCCAAUCCUGGAAGGUUUUGUUAUUGUCCGUAAGAGAGAGAAUAAGGCGAAUGAGGAGAAACAGCAAUAA